ACCUAUAAUAAACUGAAGAGAAGUUUGACUAGAGAAGGCAAACGAAGCUAAGUGUUUUGAGAGGGAUGCGUGAGAAGUGUAAAAAGUGAGAAGAGAAGUGCCACUACGCCACGCCUCUCUCUCUCUCUCUCUCUGAGAUUCCUCUGUUUUUCUUCCCUUCUUUCUUAGAACUGAACUCAAAAGAUAAUUUUGAUCUCUGCUCCAUUCCAUUCCAUUCACUUGCAAUUUCAACGCAUUUUUGGUGUGAAGAUGGAAAGCGCAUCAGAGCUUGUGGAAUUUCCACUCUUACUCACACCCAUCGAUUCCCACUACAGAGCUUGCACCAUACCUUAUAGGUUCCCUUCCGAUAAUCCCCGCAAACCCACUCCCACCGAAAUCUCUUGGAUUGAUCUCUUCCUCAACUCAAUUCCCUCCUUCAAGAAGCGCGCAGAGAGUGAUACCUCUGUUCCUGAUGCUGCAAAUAAAGCUGAAAAAUUUGCUCAAAGGUAUGCUGACAUACUUGAAGAUUUGAAGAAAGAUCCUGAAAGUCAUGGUGGGCCUCCUGAUUGCAUUCUUCUCUGCAGACUUCGUGAGCAAGUGCUUAGAGAAUUGGGAUUCACAGAUAUCUUCAAAAACGUCAAGGAUGAAGAAAAUGCAAAAGCCAUCUCCCUAUUUGAGAAUGUUGUUCGUCUUAAUGAUGCCAUUGAAGAUGAAGGCAAGCGGCUUGAGAAUCUAGUUAGAGGAAUUUUUGCUGGAAAUAUUUUUGAUCUUGGUUCUGCACAGCUUGCAGAGGUUUUCUCUAAGGAUGGAAUGUCCUUUUUGGCCAGUUGUCAAAAUCUUGUUCCUCGACCUUGGGUUAUUGAUGAUCUUGACACUUUCAAAAUGAAAUGGAGCAAGAAGGCAUGGAAGAAGGUUAUCAUAUUUGUAGAUAACUCUGGUGCAGACAUCAUUUUGGGUAUUUUACCAUUUGCAAGAGAACUACUUCGGCGUGGGAGUCAGGUUGUAUUGGCAGCUAACGACUUGCCUUCCAUCAAUGAUGUGACUCAUUCUGAAUUAGUUGAAAUCAUAUCAAAGUUAAAGGAUGAAGAAGGACAGCUUGUGGGUAUUGGGGCUUCAAAUCUUUUAAUUGCCAACUCUGGCAAUGAUUUACCAGUCAUUGAUCUUACAAGAGUGUCACAGGAGCUUGCUUACCUUGCCAGCGAUGCAGAUCUUGUCAUCUUAGAAGGGAUGGGUCGUGGAAUAGAAACAAAUCUCUAUGCCCAAUUUAGAUGUGAUUCCCUUAAGAUUGGAAUGGUGAAACAUCCCGAAGUUGCACAAUUUCUUGGGGGGCGUCUCUAUGACUGCGUAUUCAAAUACAAUGAAGUUUCAUGUUAACAAGGCUUAUUCUUUUAUCUACUAAUGCUGCAUACGUGCAAUUUUUCUAGCGUUAAUCCUUCAACUUACACACCAUUAUAUGCAUGUUGGAUACUUUUUAGAAUGUCAUUUUAGUAUUAAAGAGGUGAUAAAACUGAAACAUUUUACUUGUAAUAAUAAGUUCUUUUACAUCCAUGUUUUAUCCUCAAGCUGAUGAAGAGGUGGCAUGUGUUGCAAUAUGCAUAAAAAAACUGCUAGCAAUGCACUAUUUAGGGUAGGGUUAUAUACAUAGCUUAAUUAAGUGUUUAUUUCAUAAUUUUUUAAAUGAUGAAUUAUACUAUAAAUU